AUGGAUUUGACUAAUGGUGGAAGGUGGAAAGCAAAUAAUGGUACAUUCAAGCCUGGAUACUUACAACAAUUAGAGAAAAUGAUGGCUGAAAAGAUUCAUGGUUGUGGACUUAAAGCACAACCACAUAUUGAUUCACGUGUUAAGAUAUUGAAGAAGCAAUACCAUGCAAUUUCUGAAAUGUUAGGACCUAAUGCUAGUGGAUUUGGGUGGAAUGAGGUAGACAAAUGUGUUGUGGCUGAAAAAUCUGUCUUUGAUGAAUGGGUGAAGAGCCACCCAACAGCAAGAGGCUUAAGAAACAAAUCAUUUCCUCAUUAUGAUGAUUUGGGCCAAGUUUUUGGGAAGGAUCGAGCUACUGGUCAAGGUGCAAUGGGAUUCUAUGAAAUAGUUGAAGAGAUUGAGACAGAGAUUAUGAAUGAUCAAAAUGAUGACUUUGAUCCUUUCAAUCCAUUAGAUGAGUUGCUUGGCAAUACAAGUUGCACAAACACUCCAACUUCUACAACACAAAUAGGUAAAAGAGGUAAAAAGAGGGCUAGGACUGAAGAUCCAUUGAUUGAUGUACUGACUGAUACAGUAAAGCAAUUUACUACCUUGCAAGCUAAAAAUGGUGGGAACAUGAAAAGACUUGCUGAUUGUUUUCAAUUUGAGGCUGAUGGUGCUGCUAGAAGGAUGUCAGUUUUUGAUGAACUUAAAAAGGUUGAUGGGCUAACAAAUGAACAACGAGUUACUUGUGGAAGAAUUCUUGUCUAA